CUAUUCCGUCCACAACCAUUUGAAGCAUCUGAAUAACAGCCGUUUUAGUAAAACCAAUUAAGAUGUGGACUUUUGUUUUAUAUCCGUGGAAUUUAUAUCAAAUGCGUCCAGUGGAGCUUGGCUUUAUCAGGUCAUUGACUGUUCAAAGUCAGUAACUCGGCAUAAUUAAAAGGAAAAAAAAUUUUGCUUGAGUAUCUUUGCACGUUUUAUUACAAACAAGUCUUCAUAUUCACUCAAAAGAUAUUAGCUUGAGAACGGUUGGAGGAUUUAUAAAUAAAUAACAUACACAACUUUUCAUGAACAAGCUCUGGAGAUAUCAUCUGAGUUAUAGAACACAAAGCAGGGCACAAACUAUUGUGUACCAUGCUCAGUGAACCUGCUUCCCCAUAUGCAUUUUGUAAAGAUUUGCAGAACUUAAUUAUUGUAACAGAAGAGCAAAUCAUUUCACCUUUGCGUAAAGAGUUAAAAAGAAGUGAUGAACAUUCAGAAAUUUUAUCACUUGAGAUACAAGACGCUGAGAAUAAAACUUUUGAAUAUUUAGCCCAGCAGAUUUCAGCUAUUUGUAAUGCUGACGAAGAUACAGCUAAUGCCAUUCUGCGUGAAUAUCCAAAAUCGGAAGUUUGCUUUCGAUGUCUCGGUAUUAAUGAUGACACUAUACAGGGCCUUCUUCGUAUUCGUGGUAUUGGCUUUCUACAAUUGUUAGAUAUGCCUGACAGUGAAGUAAGAACAAUCUUACAAAAUUAUGGUGAUUAUGGUGAGGAAGUUGAUCAUGUACUUGCUGGUCUUGCAAAAAUACGCGGGAAUAUUGAUCUCAUCGAAAGUGACUUAGCAUUUGAAGAUGAUACCAGAAACUUAAUCAAAUUAGUGAUGCGUUUGUCUGACGAUGAUUCUCAAGUUGAAGAACUAAACAAUAUCCUUAAUGCUCAAAUUUACGAAGAAAGAAAGGAUCCUCGUAUACCUCCCUUAUAUGUUACUGGCCCUGAAGAUUCUCCUUUUGUUAACAAGGAAAUUUCUGUACAAAACUCGUCUCAUAAAAAUACCAAAGUAGUUGUUUGCUCUCAUUUAGAGCACGAUACAUCCUGUGGAAAUCUUAUUAGCCAUUCCAAUUCCGAUAAUAUUAAUACAUUUAAAACUGGUUGCGAUGUCAACUACAAUGGCUGUAGUUCGUUUACUUCCCCACAUGCUUCCAGUUGUAUCACCAUAAAUAGUCCACAGAAUGUCACAAAUAAAUCUCAUCCCGGAAAAUUGUGCAAAACUGAUUUUAAGACAUUUAAUCUCUUCCCGGGUAUAUCUGAUUCGAAUAUUCCUUCAGAAAUUGAUCUACACAAUGGCGGGCUUUCAGUACCUUCUACUCCCAUUUCUUAUAAAUUAUCUUCGACCAUUUUAACACCCUCAAAUCUUUUUAGAGCAGGCCGUCAUACACUACCAAAUGAAGUAACCUCACUUUCUCCCGGUGGGCGUCGAGCAGGCAAUCAUUCGUCUCGAGAUCGCGAGCAUCAAACUCGUCAGGCAGGGACUCCGCCACCCAAACAUCGUUUAAGAUUUUCUUCUCCGCUUCAUCGUAGCAAGUCUCAUGAGUCUAAUCUUGCCAAUCGUGUUAUUUUACCUGCCCUCCCAAAUGUACCACAGUUCCACCAAGAAACAAACUGUGCCUGUUAUAUCAGUAGACCACAACUAUUAUUAUGUAAUCCGAUUUCCCCAGACGCCUCCAGUAAUGUACACAACGAUUAUUUAAAUUAUUCUGAGUGUAUAAAUGGCGGUCGACCGUGUAUAACUACUACUCAAUGUGGUGUAUGCAUUAACAGCGAUGUUAUUUCAAAUGGGAAUAAAACAGUUUCAACAUUUUAUCAUACUUGUUCCAUUAGUGAUAGUACUUCCACACUUGUCACAAGUCCACGUACCUACGAUCAAGGUCGACGUGUGUCUUGUGAAUAUCGACCAUCAAAGACUAAUUUACAACCUUUAAUGACUACAUCUGCAGAUAGUGAUAAUUUAUCAGGUGUCCUUAAUGUUCCGACUAACUCAGGUGGGGCCACAUUUGUUCUCAGUGCAAGUGGAUUUAUGCACAAAUUCGAAUUAGAAUCUAAAUUUGGUGAUUUUGUUAAAGGUACUCCAUGCGCUGUUUGUAAUAAUCGAAUGCGAUUUCGUCUACAACAUUGUGCUUACUGCAAAAUCAAAGUACAUAAAAGUUGCGUUUCUCAUUCAAGACGACUUCCUUGCACAGGACCUUCCAGUGGACAAAACAAUGAAUUACACGAUUUCAAAGGUUCUCCAAAUAUGCCUCGUCAAUUGCAUACAAAUGUUUUAACAACUAGUCAAACAAAUCUUCGUCCUGCACAUUCUACUCCAGCAUUUCAAAGUUCUGAUUCAAACAGUGCUUCGUCAUGUACAAGUUCUACACCAGGUUCACCAUUUGUCACCGGUACAUCAUUAAUUAGUACAACAUUAGCUGCAUCAUGUUGUACUCGUUUAGACAGUGGUUAUGUUGGUGUUGGUAGUAAUAGUAUUAGUGUUAGUUGUAGUACUACCGGUCAAAUGAUUUCAUUAUCUUCUCCUCCAUUACGAAAUUUAAGCAACAGUGGUGGUUGUAUGUUUAAUCAUUCGAAUCCAAGUCAUUUAUCUUCACCAGUUAGUAUACAUUCUUACGGAACUGUUAAUGCUGGAAUUGUAACUAAUACACAACAACAACAACAGCCUCAUUCUCCUCGACAUUCCGGCCAAUGUUUUAAUCACUUUGAAUUUCCAAGUGUCAGUCAUCCAAUCAUAGAUAAUCAAUUAGUAGACGGGAAUUUCAAUAAUAAUGUGAAUAAUAAUAGUCCUUUAAUUAGUACUGUGUCUUCUGGAGAAAGUGAACGAACUGUUGUUGAUAAUGCAGUACACCGGUUUGAAUCAAUGGAUAGUCAAGAUGAAUCAUCUUUAAUGAGAACUAAUAGUAUAUCAGUUACACUAAAAGAAUGGGAUAUACCAAUGGAAAAUUUAUUUAUUGGUGAAAUAAUUGGACGUGGUACAUUUGGUACAGUAUAUCGUGGUAAAUGGCACGGUGAAGUAGCUAUUAAACGUAUAGAUUUCGAUCCAGAAGAUGUAGAUGAUUCAAUACGUGUUGAAGCGUUUAAACGUGAAGUUGCAUUACUACAUAAAACACGUCAUGAAAACUUAGUACUAUUUAUGGGUGCUUGUAUGAAAGCACCUGAUUUAGCUAUUGUUACACAACUUAGUCGAGGUGAAACAUUGUAUCAUUUAAUUCAUGAUCGUGAUAAUAUUAUGCCAAUUAAUCGUACAAUAAGUAUAGCUAGUCAAAUAGCUAAAGGUAUGGGUUAUUUACAUGCUAAAGGCAUUGUACAUCGAGAUUUAAAAACACGAAAUUUAUUUUUAGAAGAUAAUUCACGUGUUGUCAUUGGUGAUUUUGGUGUAUUCAAUUUUGUACGUCUUUGUAAAAAAGCUAAAUGGGGCAAUUAUUUGAAUGUUCCACCAUUUUGGUUAUGCUAUAUUGCACCGGAAAUUAUUCAUGCACUUAACAUAGGAUAUGUACUGGCUACUACAACUAAUGAACUACCAUUAACUACAUCUUCUGAUGUUUUUGCUUUUGGUACUGUAUGGUAUGAACUGUUAACUAAUGAAUACCCUUUCAAAGGAUUACCUGCUGAAGCUGUCACCUACUUAGUUGGACAUGGUGUAAAACCGAAUUUACGAAUUCAAUGUCCUAAAGAUUUUAAGGAAAUUCUUGUUCAAUGUUGGGCAUACAGUCCAUGUAAACGACCAGAAUUUACAACUUUAGUUAAAUUAUUAGAUCGUCUACCAAAAUUACAUCGUAGUCCAUCUUAUCCAGCUAAACCAUACACUGGUGUAGCAUCUGGUUCACAUGGUAGUCUUCUAGCUUAAUAAUGAUGAUGAAUAAACCAGCCCUGGGGAUCGAGUCGUUAGCAUACAACACAAUACAACAUUGUCUAUCAUCUGGGAUUACUAUUUAUGUUAUGAUGGAAAAUCAAAAUAUCUUCAGCUUUAUAAUAAUAAUAAUGGAGAAGCUUACAAUUUUUUUCUUUGAGUUCAUCAUGGUUACUGCACUGUCGUACUAGUUGGAUGUAAUUCUUCGAAGUACCUUGCUAUGUAAGUGACCUAAACAAUCAAGUACUUUCUUGUCCACCGGAAUGUUUGUCUUAAGAGAAGCAUAUAUAUGGUACCUAUGUUAUUCUAAGCGCUAUUUACUUGUGAUCAUAUUUGCCUCGCACUCACACACCUCGACAACGCAUUCUUCAUUGUUUACUGUUUGUUUUUCGAUCAAACAUGAAGCAUUUGUUUUUUUUUUAUGCCUGUUCAUGAAUAAAACUAAUGUUUUUUAUCACAACAAAUUUCAUAUACAAUAUGAGAAUUCUUAUGUUUGAGCGUACACUUAUAUCAACUGUCUCACUCUAUAGUGUUUGACAACCAUUCACAUAAUGUAUAUUCUUUUUUUCCUAUGGUUCCAAUGAUUUGUUUAAUUUAUUUAACUAGUCUUUCAUUUCAUGAAUACACAAUAGAAUAAACCAUAUGUUGUGGAGAACAGAACAAAAUGUGUAUGCGUGCAGGCAGAUAAAUUUCAAUUGCCUAAUCUAAUCCAUUAUUAUUAUUAUUUGUUAAUAAUUCACUAUUCAAUGGAUUAUCAAUGAUUUACACAUAUACCUUUUUCCUCUAUUUGUUCAUAUUGUAAAUGUAUUUGUACCUUAUUUACUAAUAAUUAUGUGUUUUUUUUCUUUUUUUGUACAUGAUUGUAAAUGAUAAAUUACAAUUUAUUAUUUAUAUAUUAACUAAUAAUUAUAAUCUUUCUAGUUAACUUUGUACAAAUAUUUCUCUUGUUUUACUGAAAUGUAAAAAAAAUAAGAAACAAAUUCAACUGUGGUGUAUUGAUGCCUUUUUCUUCUCCCUCUCUCUCUUAUUCACUGCUCUACGUUAAUGUUCAUGUUAGAGAGAACGUGAAUAGUGUAACAAAUGCGUUGAUACGGCCAUCGAAAAAUACUCAUAUGGCCACGUGUAUACAACCACCGACAGGGAAGUCCUACUCACUGCAUU